GUACUGUACAGUCCAGUCCAGUACGUACACUCUGCGAUAUUGUAAUCGGCAACGGUGUUUGUUUUAUUUUCGACAACAACUUCAAACUUACAACGGACCGACGUCUAGGUUUUUUAAAAAUGUCGCUUUUGCUUUCACUUCCGAAUGAACUAUUAGUCAAUUAUAUAUUUGCUUAUAAUGAUAUCGGAAUAUCGGAUUUGUUUCACCUAAUGCAUUCUUGCAGUCGACUCAACCUUGUUGUUCGAAAAUCGAAUAAACUGUGGAAAGAAAAAUACGGAACAAGAUGGGGAGAAUUAGAGAGCCUUUCUGGAAAUCAAUCUGUGGAGCAAGUACUUUGGUUAGACAUUGUAGGGUUGCGACUCAGGGUAAAUAAAGAUGUGAAAGAGACUAUAGGAAUGCUGUCGUCAGUAUGUUACCCAAAUGUUGAAAUUUUUCAAAGAGGAACACCUCAAUGUAUCAUGGACAAAUUUCUGAAAGGUGACAAUCUCUAUUCUGAAUUUGUUCAAAAAGCACUUGAAGACCUGGCAUUUUCAAAAAUGCAUGAUGCCUGGUCUGAAAAUAUGACUAUAACAUACUAUGCUCAUCAUGCACUGAUGAAGGUAAGAUCCAGCUUUCUGGAAAGGAAGUGGUUUGAGUACCUGGAAAAGCCUCAUGAAAACAAAUCUCUUCUGGAAGGUGCAAUUCUCAUCUGUCAGUGGUUCAAUGUUGACAAAGAAAUUCUGCCCACCAUACAAGACAUUGAAGCCUACUUGAAAAACAUUGUUGAAAAAGUUUCAAGCAGAGUAGCUGACUCAAGAGUUACUGCUAAUCCAAUAAUUAAACGCGAAGACAUUCUUUUAAAUAUCAGUCAAGUGUUGCUUAAUGAUAUCUGUAUAUUGGAUGCGCCUUGGUUCGACGAAGAAAUCUCAUUUGAAAAUUGGAGCUGUUAUCUCUCCAUAAUUAAUGUAACUGAAAGUGAGAACACCUGCGAAACGAUGUUCUGCAUAAUUUAUCGAGAAGUGGCUUUGAGGUUUGGUAUUCUGUGUGAGCCUGUUUAUUGUUUUGAAAAUGUCGACAUGGACCAUCGGCUGAUUCUUAGGUGCCGAGAGUACCCAGAGCAAGAAGAUGGAUACGCCUACAUCGACGUCUGCAGUGGUGGAUCCUUGAAACGCCUCAAUCAUUUGCGUCGUCUUGGUCCUCUGCGAAAUCGAAAUAAUGAACUCCGUUACUAUUCCCUUGAGACGGAUCAACCAGCUCCAGUAAACUUGAUUUUCCAUCGAAUGUUGCAACCAGUUAUUUCUUGUGGAGAAGCCGAAUUGACGAUGAAUAACCCAUCCAGCACAAUAUCUUUCCUCACUAGACUUUACAGAUUAAAUUGCAUUCUAUUCCCUGAAUCACAUGACUUAGUAACGAAAUACGCAGAUCAUUGCUGUGAUCAUAUAAUUCAAUUGGACCAUGUCUCCGGUCUCCUCCGGUCAAAAGGGCUUAACGAUCAUUUUCUGAUAGUCGGCGGGCCCCGUGAACUAGAACGCCAUAAUGCCAGAAUCGCUGCUAGAAAAGUUGUUCGCUGUCGUCUACCCUCCAUUAAAUACGCAGUCGGCCUUGUCAUGAAGAUGAAGAACCGCCAUACAGAACCGGGAGAGGAAGAGCGCAUGGACAUUGGCGUCAUCACUUCGUGGGAUGCCAAAGGGGAUGCUAAGAAAUUAUUUAACCGAAACUUAAACUUCCUUGAAAACCUGGAUCAGCCGUAUUACUAUGUUUUAACCAAUAGUUAUGAUGAACCUGAAUACCUGGCCGAAGAUGUAUUGGAACUUUAUCCAGAUCCUAGUUACGGACUGUUUAUCCACGAAGAUCUUGGCUUCCACUUUGAAAGAUUCGAUGGUCGCCGCUUCGUGCCGAACGAAGAGAAGAGACGCAACCAUCCCGAAGACGAUGCAGUUGCCUUAUCUUUAACUAACGUUUUAUUAGUGGUGAUCGAUUGAAUAGUUUUCUUUCAUCUUAAAAGUGACCGGAAGUUGAUCUUGCAGACUUGACACUUGAGUGUAGUCGCAUCUUGAUUCUAACAACAAAUCGCCCAAUAAACGUGGAGUUUUCAGUGUUA